ACGCGACGCUGCGGGAGUGAAGGAAAGAUGGCGGCCGGACCCGGAGCGGCCAGCAGUGGUCACAGUGGUGGCCGCGGCUCGUCGACCGCUUUGGAGUCAUCGAUGGACCGGCGAUUUCAAGGAGUCACCAAUACGAUGGAGUCCAUCCAGGGAUUAUCCUCGUGGUGCAUCGAGAACAAGAAACACCACAGCCUCGUCGUUCGCUGCUGGAUGAAGUGGCUGAAGAAAUCGGAUGCCAACCACAGGCUGAAUCUCUUCUACCUCGCUAAUGAUGUCAUUCAGAAUUGCAAAAGGAAGAACGCUAUUAUUUACCGAACCACCUUCGCUGAUGUGCUGCCAGACGCCGCCCUGCUGGUCAAGGACGCUAAAGUGUGUAGAUCAGUGGACAGGAUCUUCAGUAUUUGGCAGGAGCGGAACGUUUAUCCGGAGGAGUUGAUCUCUGAGCUGAAGGCCAGGCUGCAGAAGAAAGAGAAAGAGAAGGAGAAGGAGAAAGAGAAAGAGAAGAAAGUGAAAGAGCAACAGCCUUCUCCUGCCCCAGUCAACCCCAAAACUGCUCUGAAGUCUAAAAUUGUUGCAGAGUUUGUACCACAUGAUUUUGUAGAGCGGUUAAUGUCUUACAAGAACUCUCUGGAUGAGAGUGAUUUAAGAGAGAAGCAGCUAGCUGCUCUCAGAGUGGACGUCUGCAGCACCGAGGCCCUCAAAAGGUUAAAAGAUAAAGCAGGAGGGAAUAAGUUCUCAAAGGACUUUGAGGAGGGAAGCACAAAGCUGCAGGAAUUUGUGACGUUCCUGGAGGGCCAUAAAGCAGGACCCCCGCUGCUGGAGGCGCUGGGAAACGCAGACAUCUUUUACGAGAUGCAAUACAAAGAGGUCAAAAUUGUUGCCAAUGCAUAUAAAGCUUUCGCCAAUCGCGUCAGUAGCCUUAAGCGUAAGCUGGAUGCUCUGAAGGCCACAUUGCCCAGUCUGGAUGAUUCUCCCAUCCCUUCCCCCUCUGAGGACGCCCCGUCCCCCACCGGCUCAGAGUCGCCCUUCCAUGGCAUGAGUUCCAGGAUCGGUUUGGGCAGUGGGGAUGGAAACGGAGGGAGAGGUUUGGAGCCACAGAAGGACAACAGAGAUAAAAUACAUGAAAAUGACAUAUCAAAAGAAAAGGAAACGACAGGAAAUGCUGGAAUCAUUGUUGGCGAGAAGAAAGAGAAGUCAAGUCUUCCAUCUGUAUCCAAGAUGACAAAUGCAGCAACAAAAAGCUCCCAGAUUACCGCUUCUAAACCAUCCCAGGUUUUGGCAACUCCCACAAAGACGGUGUCUGGGUCAUCAACCAGUCAAACGCCUCCAGCAAACACCACAACUGUUACCACAACUCCUGUUCCUGCCCCUGUUGUUAGCCCCUCCCCCCUGCAGGUGAACUUGGCCAAUGUAGAUCUGGGCAAGAUCAGCUCCAUUCUGAGCUCUAUCUCCAAUGCAAUGAAGACCACUGGUGUCAGCCCUGUGUCCCGUCCUUCCCCUGGCACACCUACUACACCAUCCAGCCACGCCUCCUCCUCCAAAGCCCCUCCUUUGACCCCUGGCAGCAUUCCCUCAUCCAAUCCUCUGGCCAGCAUCUUGUCCAAAGUGGAUUUCUCCCCCGAGAACAUCCUGAAUGUUCUCACAAAAACACAGACUCACAGCCCCAACCUGCAGGGUUUGUCUUCUCUCCUUUCAUCAGCGCGUUCAAGCACUCUCACUACUCCAGACCCUGUUCCGUCUUCACCUGCCUCUUCAUCUUCAGCUGUCACCACAGUUGCAGCGACCUCCACCACAACCACCCCAACGACACCGAAGGCCCUAAAGGCCACGGGCAACAAUUUCAAGCGAGAAACAGAGCGAGAGAAAGGGAGAGAGUGGGAGAAGGUGAAAGAGAGGGAAAGAGAGAAAGAAAGAGAACAAGAUAAGAAAGAGAGAGAGAAAGAAAUUGAGACCGAGGCUGUGGUAAUGCCCAGCCUGGAGUCGAAGAUCAAUAGUUUCCUUCAGGGGAAUCCUGGUUUCAGUGCUCUCGGACUUGGCUUAGAUGACGUAGGCAGCAAUAGCCCUCUCCUUGUUGGUGGAGACAACCUAGAUGGCACCCCUGUCCGAGAUGAGAGCGGUAGCACACCCACCCAAGAUGAAAUUAUGGACUCACCCCAUGUACUCAGUGAGCCUCAGAGUGCAGGUCUGUCUGGAGGUCAUAACCUUUCACCUACAGCCUAUCACAGUGACCCCUGGGAUGCCGUGAUCACUCCACGAGAAGCACUGGGAGAAACCGAGCGGAAAGACAGGGAUUACCGCACACCACCACCCUCAAGACUUGCCGCCUUUAGCCCAAGUGCGAAUAAACCAGUCAAGGCCACGAGUAAAACCAAAGAGGAAGAAAGGCUGAAGAGAAAAGUACCGGGUUUGAAAGUUCCAUCAGCUGCAAUGGUGCAGGAUCAGAAGAUAAAGGCAAAGAUGGAUGAAGAGGGAGAGAAAAGUGCAUCCUCCCGCAGGCCAAGUGGAGGAUCUGAUGAAGGGACGAAAGACAAGGAAAGGAAAGCUUCAGCUGACAAUGGAGACCACUACCAUCGCAUUGAGACUGUUGUUUCUUCAUCCUCCGGUGAGGGAGCACCAAUCGAAACCCUUGAUUAUGGUAACCGCAUCCAGACGGUGGAAAGCAUCCGAGUGGUUGGAAGAGUCCUUAGAAGAGGGAGCAGUGCUGGUUCUAGAGUGGGUGGGGCCUGGUAUGAAGAGGAGGAGUUUAUGGAAGCUCCACCUCCACACCACCCUGAUAGUCGCGGCCAUGAGAAUUCUGAGGAGUUGGGAAUGGUCCCUCCUCUUCCUCAUCCUCCUCCUCUUCCUGCUCACCUACCACCCCCUUUGCAGUAUCCACCUCCACCCUACGCAAACGAAGACCCUACACGACCUUCUCAUGGCAUUCCUCAACACCACCCUCCCCCUCCAUUCUUUCCCUCUUCCAUUUCUCCAGUCCCACCACCACUUCCUCCCAUCCCUCAAACCCCACCUCCUUCCAGAGACUUCCCCCUGUCCUCAAACACCACUGUUAUGGUCGGUGGUGUCCUUGUACCGAUAGACAGAGUCCUACCCUAUCCACCUGCCAACCUCCAUCCUGAUGGAGCAGGGCAUGGAGGUAGCGGUGGCAGUGCCCCUCCUAGAGGCGGCAAACCCCAACUCCCUUCCUUGUUAGGAGAUCCCCCUCGCCCAGGCACAGUGAAAGAGCAAUUCGUCUUGCGUCACACCCCACCUCUUCACCGUCCUGGCACCCCGGGAGUUCCUCCACCCCUCCUGGGAAGAAUUCGAGAAUCCCCCAAUCCCACACCUCCAUCACCCUCUACCCCAACCACACCUACUCCUCCAUCCCCAGCUGGGGAACCUCAUCUGUCUAUUCCCAACCGCCUACCCAUCAAUAACCCAAAUCAGCGACCCCGCCGCCCUUCUUCCCCUCUGCCCCUCCUCCAAUUACCAAACCAGCAUCACACGCUCCGUUCCCCACAGUUUCCCAGAGGUUCCCUGCCCCUGCCGCCCCCCUCCCUUAACCGUGAACCCCUCCUACCUGGGACAAAGCGUCCCUCCGGUAGUUUCGGCGGUGGGCCUUUCAACCAACCCAAAAGACCAUUCUUGCCCCCUCGAUAUUAGCAUCUUAGAAUGAGUGCUAAAUGCUCUGUACAACCUGAAAUAGGCAGUGUAGCAAGCUAGCAUCACCUGCGAAUCGCAGCGUGAGACAUAUACUGCAUGUAAAUACACAUGCACUGACACGUCAUGCCCCAGAGCAGCCACGUUACAGCACUACUCUUCUCAGUGCAAGAGAAGUUUUCAGAUACUCUAGAGAUGAACUAGGAGGAGGAGAAUGUGGAGAUCCAGAAACAUCCAUGGAAUAUGAAAGAAGGCAAAAGGUGGUUAUCCUGUUCAAUUGGUGUAAUGUGAGAGAGCGGUUAUGGAGUGUGUGUGU